CAGAGGUCUCCCAGCCUACCGCUCAGCAAAGGGACCAUUGAACAGUAUACCUUGAUGGAUAUGGAGCCAGAUUUGCGAUAUUGCAUUGGUAGCAUCCCCAGGCGGCGGCGCUCCACCCCUCGUCACCGAGGCCCACCUCCGGGCAACCCGCUCGCCUCCAGAUCCGCCAUCUCGCGCGUGAGCUGAAGGAGACGCACCCGAUGAUGACGGUCAUCGUCUCUUGGGUGCCGGGCCACGCCGAGGUCGAGGGCAACGAGCGGGCUGACGCCCAGGCCAAGGUCGGGGCCGAGGUGGUUGAGGGCAAGGGCGGUGUGGGCGAGGGGCGGCAGCAGGGCCGCAAGCCGCGGCGGCACAGCAUGGUGAUGCCGCGUGGGGGCUCAGUCGAGCCGUCAGACGACGAGCGCGACGAGUGGUACGGGGGAGAGAGGGAGACGAGCCCCCAGGCCGAGUCGAACCAGCCCCCUCGGCCUUGCCUCCCCGCCCUCGUCAACCCUCCUGACGGCCUCGAGGACCUCCGCAGCGAGCCCAAGAGCAUCGCGGCGGUCCAGCAGGCCUUCCACCAGGCGCAGCAGGCGGCGUGGGCGGCGAGUUGGGCGACGGCGCCCGCCGGCGCGGGACUUCGCAGCGUCACCGGCAAGGUCGCGCCUGGCGCCUCCUUCGCCCGGUACCACGCCACGCUCUCGCGCCGGCAGAGCACGCUGCUUGCCAGGCUGCGGCUCGACUUUGCCGGCCUCGCGGCGCACCUGCACCGCAUCCAGCGCCACCCGACCGGCCUGUGCGAGUGCGGCGAGGAGGAGACUCGGGCCCACUUCCUCCUCGCCUGCCCCCUCUACGCCGCGCCUCGUGCUGCGCUCGUGCGUGCGACCGGCAAGGACGCCAUGCCACCCCUCGCCACCCUCCUCACCGACCUCGCCCUCGCCCGCCCCGUCCUCAAGUUCGUCAACGACACCGGGCGGUUCCCUCGGCUGCACGAGGCGGUCAAGGACUCGGCGGGCACGGUCAAGCAGGGCGUCUAG